ACUUUAUUAUUAAAUAUUCAUCAGCCGUAUAGCAUAGCAUUAGCAUAGUAUUUCUCAAUAAUUGCCGUUCAUGUCGGCUUCUUCCCUGACGCGACUAUACAAGGGUACACUCGAAAAAAAGCUGACGUUGUUAUAAAUAGAAGCCGGCAGCAAAAAUAUUAAUAGACGGAAAACAUUAUUAUUCACUGAGGUACGAUCAAUGGCGACGAAAUGCGGGUUGUCGUCGCCUUUUCUUUUCGUGUUCUUCUGCAUGGUGGUUUUGCAGGUUCUUCUUCAGUGCUGUUCUUACGCCGCCGUUAUGAGUGAUAAUAGCGUCCCGCCGCCGGCUGUGUAUGUAUUUGGCGACUCGUUGUUUGAUGUGGGGACGAAUAAUUACUUGGAGAAUGCGGACGUCCGGGUAAAGGCCGACUUCCUGUUUUAUGGUAUCGAUUUCCCUCGUUCUUUGCCCACAGGCAGGUUCAGCAACGGUUUCAAUCUUGCUGACCAAAUUGUUAAGAAGAUGGGACUACGCAGAAGCCCGCCGCCAUUCCUCUCGCUUGUCGCCGGCGGGAUUUUCUCCCCCAAUUUCAACCAAACUAUAAUCAAAGGCGUCAACUUCGCUUCAGCAGGCUCUGGAAUCUUCGACUCAACCGGCUCCAAAUUUAUCGUGGUACCGCUGAACACCCAGAUCCAACAAUUUUCGACUGUCGUCGAGAACCUGACGUGCCUACUCGGCCAAAUGCCGGCCGCCGCUCACCUCGCGGAGUCCGUGUUUCUGAUCAGUGCCGGGAGCAAUGAUAUUUUCGAUUACAUGAAGAAUAUCAGCACCGACGGCAUAAGUUUCUUCAACGUUUCCGCCAAGGCUUUAGUCGCCUCUAUGAUAUCACAAUACGGUCUCCAACUUCAGGAUCUGUACAGAAGAGGAGCUCGGAAGUUCGGGAUAGUGGGGGUUCCAGCGGUAGGCUGCUGUCCAUUUCUGCGCUCUUUCAACGUCACCGGCGGCUGCAACGAUGGAGCCAACCUGCUAGCGCAAGCCUUCAUGGAAGGCCUGAAAACUGCUUCCCACCAGAUCGUAACCAUAGCUCCAGAUGUCAAGUUCUCCCUGGCUAAUGCUUUCAACCUCUCCUUCGACUUCAUCCAAAACCCUACUGCUCUCAAGCUUCAGGGCUUCAAGGACGUGACAGGUUCCUGUUGUGGGAAUGCAACGGUGCCGUGCAGCCCGAGCGCUACGGUUUGUGAGAACCAUGACGAAAGCUUAUUUUGGGACGGGUUCCAUCCGACCCAGUUUGCCGCCAAAUUGUCGGCCAAGGCGUUCUUUGGCGACAACUCGAGGUACGUUUCCCCCGUCAGUUUCAGUCAGCUGUUCUGGAAUUGAGCCCGCCGCCGUUUACGCACAAGGAUUUUCGACGGAGUAAGGAACUCUUUGUUUAUGCUUAGUCACAGUUUCCCGUCGGGUGUGUUUUUUGUUUGAAAUAAUUAGCAGAUGAUAAUCUAUACGUAUGACAUACGAUCUGCUUAAGGUUUAUAGAGAUUUAUGCUUCUGCUCUUUGUUUGCUUUGGUUUCAUGAGGAGUACUAUGUAAUACUACUACCUGGAUCUGUAACUUGGGCUUCUGAUAAUAAAACCUUCACCUGUCGUUAAUAACACAUCUAGAGUGAAAAAUAUUUGAAGUUAUAUUUGCUUGUUGUAAUGAGAAAGUAAAUUUGAAAUCGUAAAUUCACCGUCUAGCUUCCUGACUCGACUCUACUGUCACUCCAGGAAUUGGCCAAGUGAAACCACUUCCUAAAGCGUAGUAUAGCGGGUUUGGGUUUAAUUAUCAACCCGGGUCCUAGAUUUGAUGACUACUCAGUGAAUUCUUGUUAUCUAGCAAUGAAACUUUAAUGCAAGUCUAAACUAACAAACUAACAAAGCAAGUAAACGGUUGUAUUCAGGUUAAGAGAGGUCACCCGAAUAUGGUUCCCCCUAGACUGCAGUUAUGCCGGAUUGUAAUUACCAAGUUCAGUUUCUAUGAAAGUUAUACUGCGGAAGGUUCUUAAACAGCCUGAAGUCUCGACUAAAGGUCUUCAGACCCUCUCAAUCUGAGUCUCUAGCGGGCGACUAACCUCCACCGGAGUAAACAGAUUGAGGCCCUAAGAACAAAACCUCCACUACCGGAGUAAAUCCGGUACAGAAUAGUGAGUUGGCUCCUCGACUAAAGUCACCAACUCCCUACCUUCAAUCAAGGAUGCUCUAUCAACCUAGGCAGAUAUUCUCAUUCUAGGUCAAAGCAGAAACAACAGGAAUUUGAUCAGGAUUCAAGUCAUUCAAUCAUUCAAACCUCAAUCGAAUAUAAUCAAAUCAUAGAAUCAGUACUUGGGUUCAUACAAUCAAAGCCUAACAUACAAAUCUAGGGUUCUCCAUACCCAGAUGAAUGGGAGAACUACUCCAUAGAGAAAGAAGCAAAAGCAGAAUCAGACGCGGAAUUCAUACUGUGAAGGAUGGAUUCCUGCUUCUGGAUGUUGAUCGGCACUUCUCCAAGCUCAAGCUGGCCUCCAAUGGUGUUGAAGAUCAAUCUAGGGCACUUGGAGACUCUUGUUCGUCGCUUUCUCUCUCUAGGAACUGAUCUCUCUCUCUAAAACUCGAAUCCCCUUCUGUUUGGCUGAAAAUCUGCUUAAAAAGGCAUCAGUGGCCAAAGCACGGUCGAGGGCACGGUCGUGCUUUGCCUCAGCCCGCCCGUGCUUUGGCUAGGGUUAAUUACACGGCCAUUGUGUUGGUGCAAACACGGCCGUGCUUUGGGAGAACACGGCCGUGCUUUGGGAGAACACGGCCGUGCUUUGGGAGAACACGCCCGUGCUUUGGUAGAACACGCCCGUGCUUUGGGAGAACACGGCCGUGCUUUGGUGAAGCACGCCCGUGUUCUAUCUCAGCCCUGCCCGUGUUUUGGCCAAUGUGGUCCAAACUCGAAUUAGCUCUCGGCAGUAAAAGCACGGUCACAGAACAUGGUCGUGUUCUGUUUUAGGUGUGCCCGUGUUUUGGCUCCAGCUCACCGAAAUGACUUCCGAAUGCCCCGAAACUCAUGCUUAGCCUUUCCUUUGACGCCUGGGACCUGAAAUAUGACAAAAUAGCACAACCCGGCGUAAAAUAGGCCAAAAAUACACGACUAUGCCCCUC